ACCCUCAAAGAGUGCCUGGAUGAGUGCAUGGAAGCCUUGGAUCUCUUCCUUAACAACCACUUCAGUGAGAGCCUUGAGAGGCUGCGACCACGAGUCCAUGAGAGUAUGUACCAUGCUCUUAUCUAUGCCACAGUGCUGGAAAUGCAAGCCAUGAUGACUUUCCAGCAAGAUGACAUCAGCAAUGCUGGAAAUACCAUGAAAAGUGCCCAGGAGGUUUGCCAGAGGUUUCGGCGUAAAUCCGCAGGUUUGACUAACAAGUCGGGGGGAGAGUCACUGUCUGAAGUGCAGCUCCAUGCAGAAGUGUGUUUUGCAGAGUGCCAACUCCAAAGAGCUGCUCUCACCUUCUUACAGGAUGAGAGCAUGGUGAGUUUCAUCAAAGGAGGGAUCAAAGUACGAAACAGUUACUUGAUUUACAAAGAUUUGCAUUCCUUGAUAAAAUCUCACAACUGUCUCAAAGGGGAGAGCCACACUCAUUUAGAGGGAGGUAUAUCAUUUGGAGUGGGGGCGUUUAACUUGACACUAUCUCUGUUCCCCCCACGCAUACUUAAAGUGUUGGAGUUUGCAGGAUUCUCUGGAGACAAGGAAUAUGGGCUUUCUCUUCUGUGUGACGGCGCGAUGGGGAUGAACUUGCGCUCCAUGCUGUGUGCUCUGCUGCUGCUGUGCUACCACACCUUCCUCACAUUCGUACUCGGUACAGGCGAGGUUGACGUGGCUGAGGCUGAAAGACUCUUAAAACCUUUCCUGCUCCGCUACCCACAGGGCGCAAUAUUCCUCUUCUUUGCUGGCAGAACCGAGGAGAUCAAAGGAAACAUUGAUGAGGCGGUGGCGCUCUUUGAGGAUGGCUGCAAGGCCCAGCAGACCUGGAAGCAGUUUCACCACAUGUGCUACUGGGAGCUGAUGUGGUGCUUCACCUAUAAGCGGGCGUGGAAGAUGGCGUACUUCUAUGCAGACCUGUUGAGCCAGGAGAGUCGCUGGUCCAAGGCCAUGUAUGUGUACAUGAAAGCCGCCUAUCUCAGCAUGUUACCUGAGGAUGAGUCCAGGCCAUUUGGGGAGGAUGAGGUGGAGCUCUUCAGACGAGUGCCCACACUCAAGCAGAAGAUAGCCGGGAAGUCUCCUCCUACAGAGAAGUUUGCUAUUCGCAAAGCCAGGCGCUACAAGGCUUUCCGCCCAGUCAGGCUACCGGUGCCUGUGCUGGAGAUGAUGUACAUGUGGAACGGUUUCAGCAUGAUCCGCAAACGGCCGGAGCUGACCGAAGGCAUGUUGCAGACUUUGGUGGAAGCAGAGCGCACUCUGCUGGAGGCACCUGAAAACGAGUAUACGCUGGAUGACCGCUGCUUGAUCCACAUGUUGAAGGGCUUGUGUUUUAAAAACCAAGGUCUCCUCCAGGCCGCCGAGGAAUGCUUUAACAAAGUGUGUUCAAGUGAAAAGAAGAUCAGGUUCGACCACUACCUGGUGCCAAACUCUCUGGUGGAGCUCAGCCUGCUCUACAUAGACCACGGCAGAAGAGACGAGGCUAUUAAAAUACUGCAUAAGGCCAAGCACAACUACAAAGAGUAUUCCAUGGAGUCUCGCACACAGUUCAGAAUACACGCGGCCCUGGCCAAGCUCAAAGCCGACCCAGGCGAAGAGGACACCCACCUGUGA